GAAUAGGCUUAUAGCUAUCGUACAGUUCAUGAGGCUUAGCCAGUAAUGUUUGUCAUACCAUAAUCCACCAUGCGCCCUAUGCUCCAUCAGCUCGAUAGUAAGUAAAUGUGAUAGGCAUGACAUCGUUCUCGGUUCAAUCAACAUGCGAUAUCGCCUCUUAAGGCGCCAGGGUUGAUGGAUAGGUACAUGCCAGUAUGGCAAUCUUACGAGGGGGAAAUCCGGGGUAUAUUAUAUAUAACCGUAAAUACAGUCAAUAUGAGCUCUUAUCCCGCCCUAACCAGUAGCUUCGCCUGUUCCUGGUGUUGAUUUCAACAAUGUUUUGGUUAUCUCUCGCUGCUCUGGCGAGCCAAGGGGUGCUUGCUUCAACCUCUCGUCUACCAGUCAAACUCGAGACCCGUUCCGAUCUCAGUUCAGGCCUUGCGAACGUCCAUAUAUCUUUUAGUAACCUUAUUGAUGGCGUUAUAACGUAUUCUUACGGCCGGUGUGACAACACACGGCAUACUGAGGCACACCAUACUCUCGGCCAGACUACAAACACUAAGGAGUCACGUUUGGUUUGGGUCUUGCCCAACGGUGCUAGAUUCGACGGAUGUAUCUCAGCAUGGGACCAGCAAGGACAACUAGUCGGCCGCAGCGAGCCCCAACGACUAAGUAGAAGGAAACUUAGGAGACGCGGCGCCAACAGCAUCGAGAUGACGAACGCCACUGGUAUCGAUGCAUGGGGCCCGUGGUUCGACGGAGUCGAGCUGCUCAGGAACAAGGAAAUCGGUGCCGUUGAUGUUGCGAAGGCUAAGUCGAAAGACAUAGCUAUCAUUGGGGCUGGCAUGUCGGGAUUGAUGACGUAUCUGGUUCUACACCAAGCUGGCUUUACGAAUGUGAAGAUUAUCGAGGCUAGCCAGCGUCUUGGUGGAAGAGUGCACACAGAAUAUCUCUCUGGAGGGCCGUUCGAUUAUUCGUAUCAGGAGAUGGGCCCUAUGCGGUUUCCGGAGACGAUAGAGUACUCGAAUGAGACCUACAAUAUUACGGAUCAUCAAAUGGUGUUCCAACUCGCCAGCGAGAUGAAUCUCCUCAACAACCACGAUAAGAACUUCAGCGUUGAUUUCAUCCCCUGGAUCCAGUCAAAUCCCAAUGGGCUAUAUUAUCAUAAUGGGAUUAAGCUGGAUACGGGGCUCCCGCCUACCGUGGCCCAGACUAAGGCAAACACGUCUUUAGCAGUCUCGUAUCCAAUGAAUCCGUCAACGGAGGCGUUGUCCGAUAAAAUCAGCGCUAUUACUUCGAAUGAGACUUUUAUGAUUGAGUUGGCUAGCAAUACGUUUAAGGCUCAUAAAGACUUUUUGGUUAAUGGUCUUAGUGGGCUUGGUGGUGAUACUUGGUCCGAGUUAGCUUACAUGGUAAACUAUCUCAACGCGAGUUUAAACGACACCGACGUGCUCGGAGGUGAUGCAACCUCAUUCUGGAACGAGAUUUAUGAUGAUGUAUAUUUCGGAGCCACUACUUGGAAGACUAUAGACGGAGGUUUAAGUCGACUUCCAGCAUCCUUCCACCCACUCGUUGACAACGUAACCACCAUGAACCGCAAGAUCGAGCGAGCCGAAUGGCUAGACGACACGCAAAAGAUCAACCUACAAUGGAGAGACAACUACACGGACACAGUCUUCCAGAACGCCUCGUACGACUACGCCGUAUUCGCAGUCCCCUUCUCCAUCGUCAAGAAGAUGCGGCUACCCUAUCUCCCCACAACAAUCUCCAACGCAAUCCAAAACAUGCCCUUCACAUCCGCCUGCAAAGUCGCGCUAGAAUACAAAACGCGCUUCUGGGAGCACUACCCUCAGCCCAUUUUCGGCGGCUGCUCCACAACAACAGACAUCCCCGGCGUAGGAUCGAUCUGCUACCCGUCCUACUGCCUGAACUGCACCGGCCCCGCGACGAUCCUAGCUUCCUACGUCUCGGGCGACUGGGGCGCGCGCUGGGUUUCGGUCCCCGAGGAAGAACAUGUACAGUACAUGGUCGAUGCGAUGGCGGAGAUCCACGGCCAGGUCGCGUAUGACGAGUAUACUGGCAAGUAUAAUCGUCGUUGCUGGAUGCUGGAUCCGUAUGAAGGGGGUAGUUGGGCGAGUCCGACGGUGGGAAUGCAUCAGUUGUACUUGCCGGAGUAUUUUAAGACGUAUAGUAAUAUGAUAUUCGUCGGCGAGCAGACAUCAUACACGCACGCGUGGAUAGCGUCCGCGCUCGAGUCGGGGAUCCGCGGCGGCGUGCAGCUGCUUCUCGAGCUCGGUCUGGUUGAUGAGGCUAAGGCGACUGUUGAAAAGUGGAUGGCGAGGUGGAUUGAUGUUUGAAAACGUGAUUUCAGUGCUGUGUACAUGGUGGCAUUAUAUGAGUGGUAUCUUGGGGAAGAGUUUGGUGUCCUCUCCGAAUAUAUUGUUCUUGGUCGUAGGAUCGCUAUCAACGUACAUACUUACACAAGGAGAAGUUAGUAAUAAAAUACUUAUAA